AUGGAUGACGACAGUGACUUUGACGAAGAACAUCUUGAGUCGCCUCAUUCGUCGCAAGGUAGUAGUUUGGUUGGGAUACUGGAUGGUGCGCUAGACGAUCCAAAGCGACAUGCUCGCGCUCAGCACAAUGCUCUAGAACGAAGGCGGAGGGACAACAUAAAAGACAUGUAUACGAGUCUCAAAGAUGUUGUUCCUGACAUGCAAAAUGAGAGAGCUUCUCGUGCUGUGAUUCUGCGACGAGCGAUUGAAGUGAUUGAGGAAAAACAACAGCAACGUGCUGAUCUUAAAGCGGAUUGUGAACGUCUAAGAAGUGAAAUGGCCGACUUAGAAAGAGAGGUAGCAAGACUUCGUGAAAACCUUGCAAAACCAAGUGAAUCGAAACGUAGUAGCAUCUCAGGUGAAUGUUCUCCGCAGCCAACUUCAUUGUCAGCCAUCGUUAAAAUUGAGCCGGAAUUUGUGCGUGUAUGUAGUACGAUACAUUUCUUCGAGGCGCUCGUCUUUAAAGGAGAACUGGCUGCGUCGCUUCCAUCGAUCAGUUAUUGA